GACUCGAUGUCAGUGCCCUCACGCGAAUUCUAUACGGACUCUCGCGUAGGAGUUCCUUCCGUUCUCCCCCCUCCCCCUCCCGCUCGCCGGUAACCCGCCCAAUCCUAGCCCUAAUCCACUCACCAUCAAUCCGCCGGCGAUCAAGAACAAUAGGAGAUCCAAAAAGUCCAUUCUCUCUCUCUCUCUUCUCUCCUCCCCAUUUCGAUCCAGAAAUGGACUCAUUUGGUUCUUCUUCAGAUAAUGAAUCUUUAGAAACUGUUGAAGAUUCUUUAAGUGAUAAAGAAAAAGAUGCUGCUGAGAUAGAUAAGAUGUCAAAGAGGCCUCCUUCUGAAGAAAAUGUUGUGCCAAAGGUAUCCCAAGCUUCAAAGGAAGGUGAUGCUGGUUGUAGUGCAUUAGUUGUAAAAGAUACCAAUAAUGUUGAUAAAUCAAAGGCCUAUGGGAACUUGCAGUUGGAGCCAGAAGUUGGUAUGGUGUUCCAUUCAGAAGAUCAAGCUUAUCUAUUUUAUAAUAAAUAUGCUCAUCGAAAGGGUUUUAGCGUCCGAAAGGGACAUCUUGGUCGAAGAAAAGAUGGGACCAUACGGAAUAGAGUUUUCUUGUGCAGCAAUGAAGGCUCUCGUCAGAAGCAUUGUACAUAUAUGACAAAGAAACCACGUGAAGCUGCGAGAACAAAUUGCAUGGCUCGUAUUGAGUAUAAAGUGAGUCGUGAUAAUGCAUGGAUUGUGAGUAAAAUCAUCUACGAACACAACCAUCCCCUCGUACGCCCACAUAAAGCACACUUGUUAAGAUCUCACAGGAGGUUAUUGUUGGCUCAGCGUGAUGGAAUGCAAAAUGUUGCAGAAAAACCUGCUCGAGCUUUGGAAUUUCCAGUGGAAGAGUCUCAUGAUGCUGAAACUGUUGGGUUUCUUUUGAAGGAUCAAAGCAGCUAUCUGCACACCAACAGGAUGAGAGAACUUGACACGGGAGAUGCACAGGUUCUUUUAGAAUUUUUGAAAGCCAAACAGUUAGAGGAUCCUUCCUUUUUUUAUGCCAUACAACUUGAUGAUAGAGAACAAGUGACCAACUUCUUUUGGGCAGAUGCACGCUCAAUACUUGAUUACUCCUAUUUUGGUGAUGUGGUGUUAUUUGACACAACUUAUCGGACAAACAAGAGUGAGAUACCAUUUGCACCAUUCAUUGGCAUAAACCAUCAUAAGCAAAUUGUGGUAUUUGGUGCUGCUUUGUUAUUGGAUGAAACGACAGAAUCAUUUGUGUGGUUAUUUAAAACCUUCAUGGUAGCAAUGUCUGGACGAAAACCAAAGACGAUAUUUACAGAUCAUUGUCCUGCAUUGUCAAGGGCAAUAAGUUUGACAUUACCUGAGACAUGUCACCGUCUUUGUUUGUGGCAUAUAUUGCAAAAUUUAGCGAUUCAUAUUUCCCAUGUACAUAGCAGUGAGCCCAACUUUCAGAAGGAUUUCAGAAAUUGCAUAUACGAAGGUGGCUCUGAAGAGGAUUUUCAUACUCGAUGGGUUGAUUUGGUUAAUAAGUAUGACCUUGCAGGAAAUUCACGGUUAGAAGAUUUGUAUGCAGUACGAGAGAAAUGGGCUUUGGUUUACCAUAAAAAUUCAUUUUGUGCUUCCAUGUCAACAAUGAAAUGGAGUGAGAGCAUGAAGAAUCACUUCAAAAAGCAUUUCAACAGGAAGUUGCCACUUUCCAAAUUUUUAGAGCAGUAUCAAAAGUCAUUGAUUCGGUUUCGUGAGAAGGAACUCUAUGAAGAUUACAAAUCGAGGCAAACUAAACCAGUUUUGCUGGUUGACAUGCCUAUGUUAAAUGAAGCAGCAGAAUCAUAUACAAGGAUGGUAUAUAAUGAAUUUGAAGAUGAGAUCAAGAGUCAGCUUUCUUGUCUUUGUGAACAAGUUGGUUUUGAAGGGACAAUAGAUGUUUAUAAAGUUUCCCUUCCUGAAAAUCAUGGUUAUGCAUUCGUUGAAUAUAACUCAUGCAAUUUCAUGGUCACUUGUAGCUGUAGAAAGUUUGAGACUACUGGCAUCUUAUGCAUGCAUGCAUUAAAGGUUCUUCUCUUUAGGAACAUUCUUAGCCUCCCAUCUCGGUAUAUACUCAAGAGGUGGACAAAAUAUGCGAAUGUUGAGGUCUUGUCUGAUAGACAUCGACCAAUUGCUGAUACUGAUGGUCAAGAAACUUUGACAUUGCAAUAUACCCGGGUUUGCCAUAAAGCAAUUACUAUUGCAGUAAAAAGUGCAUUUUCUGAGGAUGCCUUGCAAAUAUUUGAAAAUGAACUUCAUAAACUGAUGUUGGAAGUUGAAAAUGUGUUACAUAUUGCUCCACUGAGUAGACAAACAGAUGAUGAAGAUGCGACUGUCAUUGAUGAUAUGCAGCAGAAUGCACUACAAGGAAGUAAGAGAACACGGGGCCGUAAACGUCGCCUUAAGGGAGAACUGGAGCAGAAACAGAAGAAGAUAACUCAACCCACUAACAGUUCAGUUGACAUGGACACCCAGAACCAGCCAUCACAGAAUAAGGGGAAGACAAGACAAGCUGGUGAUGUGCUGUGUCCGGCGAUGGUUAUUGAGUCCUCAAAUGUUCCUUCUUAUCCUCGGGAUGGUGCCGCAUCAUACUGUAAUACAAUGGCACUGCAACCCUCAGGAUCUUUUGCUCAAGAGGUGGUCAUGCCUGCUCAGGAAUCAUUUACACCCUCACAAGGUAUAUUCGACCAUACAAUGGCAUCCCAAGGAGUAACUAAUCCUAAUAUAGCAUGGUGCACUCCUAGGGGUUCCGUUAGUGCCCCUGUGCCGAUCAUGCAGGGACAACCCAAUAAUUUUGUUAGUUGGAUGGUUCAACCUCGUGGUGUGCCAAAUGUUUCCCUGUCCCAGCAUCAUAUUGAUCAACCAAUGCAUUCUGCUCUUCCAAGUCAACAUCAGCCACUGCCCCGCAAGCUUAACCUUGACAUCAACAAAGGUAACUGACUGGGACUACAUUCACAAAACAUGUCCGAUGAUUCUUCUUGGAUCUGAAUUGCUUAUUAAAGGAACUGGAUGUUGAUUGUUCUUCUUUUGGGGGAGCGCCGUUCAUGGAAAUACCACAGCUAUAUAAUCUGUUGUGGGGCAUUGUCUAUACUAAGGUUCUCUUUUCACGUUGCUUAUUUCCCAAACUUAAAUCUAUUCUUGUAUUGUCAUUGUCCUAACCAUUUCUGUCAACAGACAAAAUUUCGGUCUAAAUGAUAGUUGCUUCAUUAAUGAAGCAGAUAAAGGUUGUGUUUAGUUGCACAUAGAAUGUAAAAUGUCCUGACCAACUUAUUUCGCAUCAUUAGGUAUGUUGAUGCUGGAAAUUCUGUAUUCUGCCAAGAGGGACCACGACCGGGUUUCUCCAUCUUUAAUAUUGAUAAGCUGUCAAUGGAAAUUCUGAACAAGCGAUACAGAUGAAGAACUACUGGUUUUUACUAAUAUGAUCUUUUCAUCAAGUUGGUGUCUCAGAGAAAAUAGGGCAGGCUAGCCAUGCAGGGUCUGAAAGUGGAGAGGCUGGAAAGAAAUCGCGGUGUUUCCAAUAUAUGUUGCUGCAGGGGAUUGACUCGAAGUUGCUGCCGUUUGAUUCCUCUUCACCUGGAAUUUUGCUGCAGAACGUGUUUUCAGCUGUGGUUCCCGGAUGUGGUUCGAGUGCUAUGAAGUUUAUGAGUUUUGUUUGUACUCAGUUCAAAUCACCUGUAGACGUCGCAUGUGUGUUCUUUUGGUAGUUUUAUGUGUGGUUCGGUAGCAGUUGUUGAAAUGAGCUGUUUUGUAUUAUCAGGUUCGCAUUGUGGUGAACGUUUUUUUGGGUGUUUGAAUUGGGGUUGUGGCUGCUUUCUUGAAGUCCUGGGUACUUCCGAGGAGGCCUCUCUUGCUUGUGCCUUUUAGAUGGUUAUUAUUCUGCUGUCAGUUUGUACUUUUAAGAAUUUUAGUCUGUUUAAUAUUUGUGAUUUUGUUGAGGAGUUUGUAAAGCUGUUUUUGAGUGUUCCAUUUUGUGAUAGGGAC